AUGUCGACGCCGACGCCGAUGAAACAUGCGCCCUCGCAGCAGGGCCGCACACCCUCCCAGUCCCAGCACGGCGCCGUCGCCACCCCCGGCGUGUCGACGCCAUUCUCCCAAGCCCACGCGGCCUUCUCGCCCCAGGGCGGGCCUAGAUCGUCGCCGCAGACCAUAAGGAGAUCUCCCGCGACGUCAACUACAUUGAUGGGCCACUCUGGCAAUGCUCCAGUCAACUUUGAUAGCCCCUCGGCCGCCGCUGCCCUGGGCGCCCUGGGGAUAGGCGGUGGCUUGGACCUGAACCUCGAUGGCGUCAGUGUGGGAGGUCUAGGUGGUCUCGGGCUGGGUAGGGCCGAUGACGACGAGAGGGCGAGGAGGCUCAAGGGGGUCAUCGAUAUACUCAAGAAAUCAAAAGGCUACGUCAGUGAGGCGGGCCUGGAGCGCCUUGCCCAGAUGACUGGGCUGGAGUGCAUGUGGGAGGAAGGCAAGGGCUCAGACAAGUCGCGCACACUGAUCAUUGCUGGCUCGGCGCUCGCGCUCGAGGUCGUCUUCAUCAACAAUAUCGUGCAGGCCGUGAACCUGACCUUUCCCGAGUCGGCCGAAAUGGUUAUGCGACACGUCGACAAGGCAGGCCAGAUUCUAUUCAACGACCUGAAACUCUUACCCCACGAGAGCCCCUUGUGCAAGAAGCUGGACAAAUUUGCCGCCAACCUCGAGAGCCUCGCCGUGUUGGACAAGCUGAGCGUCAUCCCCGGGCUUAACCUGCACGAGGCCGUCGCCGGCAUCUUUGAGAGCUUGCAUCGGCUGCACAAGUGGGACGUGAAGAAACUGCGCGAGGACCCGGCAAACUCUGGCAAGACCGAGGAGGCGCUAGAGACCAUGGCUCUCUGUGCGCGACACGGGAUGCCCGUCAUGCACGCGCGGGAACGCCUCGGCUUGAGCCUGGACUACUGGAAGGAGAGGCAUCACACACCGCCACUGACGAAGCGGACAAAGGAACUUGCCAAGCUCGACGAGAGGACGUGGGCUAUCCUGAUCGAGUGUGCACCGAUAGGUGACAUGGUGUACGCCUCAAUACGGAUUUCGGACACCUGGAUCUCACCCGAGGUCGAGCAGCAGCCCACCGAGCCUAGUCUGCUCCCGCCCACCCCCGACGAACCUCUUCUGGACUGGCGAGAGCCUGAUAACACCUUCCUCCCAGCGACCGACGAGGAAGCGAAGCAAUCCGGGCCGGACGGCACCCAGCAGCACCCGACCAUGAAUGCGCCCAAGCUCCCCGAGGUCGUCUUCAUGGCCAAGCUCGAUCCGCCAGUGACGGUGACUUAUAGUGUAGGACACCAGCUCUACCAGCUGAUCGGGCUGACGCCAGCGGCCGAGUACAACCUCGUCACCUUUGAUGCCCUGAACUUCCCCAUCGCGCCGGGGACGAACCACGACCCCAGCGAGCCCCGCAGGAUCGUCUGCCACAAAGAGGUCCACGUCAAGACGGGCGCGGGCGCGGGCGCGAGCAUGCACAAGGCGACGCACAAGAACCAGCUCUUUAUCUACAAGCCCGUGUACGGCAAGACGCUUGAGGAGCUGCCGUUCUCGCACCCGAACCAGCUCAUCCGCAUGCUGCCCACGCUGAGGCAGUACACCUUCCUGGCCACGCUGCUCGAGAAGAGCUUCGACACGCGGAUGGGCGAGGUCUUUGAGAAGACGGCCGACGAUGCGGCCAAGGAGGAGGAGGAGAAGAAGAAGAAGAAGAAGGAGGAGGAGACGGUGGAGACUACGACGGUGCCGGACGAGUUCUUCAAGUUCAUGUCCAAGUCCAAGAACGACAACCUAGCCGAGGGGACGGCUGGGGCGCGCGACAGCAGCUGCGCGAUGGAUAUCUCUAGCGACGACUACGACGACCCGAGGAGGAUCGUAAACGGCGACGAGGACAAGGUCGACCUGCAGAUGGACGUCAUGCUGACGGCGCACCCCGUGCCCCGCCUGCAAGUCACCUUCCCGCUCAGGGACGGCGAGACGGCCGACGUCAUGCUCGAGAUCCGCGCCAACGGGCUCGUCCACGUCGUCUCGCAGAACAUACUGCCCGGCGGCGACGGCGGCGACGACGACGACGACGAAGAUGCCGAUAUGUGGGGAGGAGGAGGAGGAGGAGCCGGCGAUGGAGGCGGCGGCGGGGACGGCGCGAUGGGCAAGGGCAAGGACAAGGCGGCGGAGAGGCCGCAGCUCAAGCCGCAGGACCUCGGCCGCCUGCUCGAGCGGUGCGAGGACCUGGGCGUCUGGUGCGAGUGGAUCCGGCGCCGGCUGGCCUGA